AUGGACAAAGCAUCUGCUGCCGCUGACUUUCGAAUUGUACUAAUCGGAAAGAACCAGGAAGAGAAGGCAAAACUGGGCAUAUUCCUCACAUCAAAGUCAUUCGUUCCUUAUGGAAAAUUGUCCCGACAAAGCAGUGUCUUCAGCGGAGAAUGGAAAAACAAUGUAGUGAAGUGCUUUAACCCCCCAGACCUAUUCAGUACUGAAGACACCAAGGUCAAAGAAGAAAUUCAAGGUCUUCUCUCUGCGUAUGGACCUGGACCCUACGUCUUCCUGCUCUUAGUCAACCCGUCAGACUUUAUCAAAACUGACAGAGAGAAAUUCCAGUUUAUCCUCGAGUGUUUUGGAGAUGACGCCAUCCAAUAUUCAAUACUAGUAGUGGCCAAAAGUGAAGUUGGUUGGGGUCCCACUGUUUACAGACUGAAACAGGACUGUAGCAACAGAUGCACAACACUGAACUUUGCUGAACUUUCCGCCACAGUUCUCCAAGAUUUGAUGGAGCGGGUUGAGAAUCUCAUAAAUGAAAACCAAGAUAUUUACCAAGCCAGUCCAGAGCCGAUUUACCAAGAAGUUAACCGUGAACCGCCUUUAAAUAUUGUGUUAUACGGCAGGAACAAAGACUGGAAAUCUACAACCGCAAGUGUCCUUUUAGGAGAGGAAAAAAACAUGGCAAAUUUGAGCAGCAGUUUGGCGCACACAGGUGAUGUUUCUGGGCGGACAGUGUCUAUUGUGCAGCUGCCACCUUUGAUUGGCCUGAAAGAAGAUGCAGCCAGACAAGAGUCUCUCCACUGCCUCUCUCAGUGCGAUCCAAAGGGCAUCCAUGCUUUUGUGUUAGUCCAACCUUUGGGGCGAUUCGUCACUGAGGACAAACAGGAGAUAGAUGCCAUCACGAGAGCGUUCACCCCCAGAAUGAAUGCCUUCAAAAUGAUCCUGUUUGCGGAAAUUGCUCAAAGAGCAAAACAGCUUAAAGAGAAGCAUGGGCAGUUAGAGAAGGCACAGGAAACUCGCCGCAAAUACGAAGAAAAGAGACAAGAAGAGGACAAGCUCAGGAAACAAGAGGAUGAAUUACAGAUUCAACAGUGGAACAACCGCUACGUAGACCUAGUGAAGCAGAUCAAUACAAAAUCAGACUCUGCUUCGCACAGGAGAAGUUUGAUGAUAAUGAAAGAGGAGUUGAAACGUGAGCAGGAAGCAUGGGAGCAGAGGCGUCAUGAGUGGUGGUCCAAAAGAACAGAAGAAGAAAAGAGACAGCGAGAAGAGGAAAACCGUAGGCUGACUGUGCUCGAAAGGGAACAUGGUGAAGCCAAAAAGAUGUACGAGCAGAAGAAGAAAGAAGACGAGGAAAGGCGCCGUAACGAGGAGCGAGAGUUAGGGGCCAUGCAAGAGCAUCAUCGGAGACAACUCGACGCACUUCGUAAGCAAAGUGAAGAAGAGGCGCGCAGGCAGGCCGAGAUGCUCAACGACUUCCAGCGAACCUAUGCCAGAGAGAGGGACGAACUUAGACUGCUCCGUGAAAGAAGGCAAAGCACCAAUGAAUUUGUGCUCAAGCAGAUAAGCAAGAACAAAACAGGCCGGAAAGACUUGGAAACGAUUCGGCAAAGGCAUAAACUGGAGUUGGAGCAGCUGGAGCAGUUGCAGAGUGGCUCCGAUGCCAAGUUUUUAUCCAAAGAGAUCAGUAUACUCAAGAAACAGCAUGACGAGGAGAUCCAUGAGUUCAUCCAGGAGAAAGUCAAGGCCAUGUCUGACUCCUCCUGUGCCAUUUUAUGA